CGGUCCCCCGGAACGGGUCCGAGGCUCUCGCAAGCAGGGCUGCGCCGGGCGGGGGCUGCGGGGCCGGCACAAGGGAGGCGGCCCCGGGGACCUGACAGGGCGGGGGCGGGGACGCCGCCGCCUGCGCGGUUCCGGGUGCUCCCGGCGCGGCGCUGCCCAGGGCACACUUGACCGGGGUCGGGCUGCAGGGAAGGGCGGGUCUGGGGAGAACCCCGAGAGCCGCGGCGUCCUUCAACUCCUCCUCCUCCUUCUCCUCGCGGCCGCCGAAGCCACAGCCCGAGCCCGAGCCCGAGCCCGAGCCCGAGCCGGCGCCACCGCGCCCCCGGCCAUGGCUUUUGCCAAUUUCCGCCGCAUCCUGCGCCUGUCUACCUUCGAGAAGAGAAAGUCCCGCGAAUAUGAGCACGUCCGGCGCGACCUGGACCCCAACGAGGUGUGGGAGAUCGUGGGCGAGCUGGGCGACGGCGCCUUCGGCAAGGUUUACAAGGCCAAGAAUAAGGAGACGGGUACUUUGGCUGCAGCCAAAGUCAUUGAAACCAAGAGUGAAGAGGAGCUGGAGGACUACAUCGUGGAGAUUGAGAUCCUGGCCACCUGUGACCACCCCUACAUCGUGAAGCUCCUGGGAGCCUACUAUCACGACGGGAAGCUGUGGAUCAUGAUUGAGUUCUGCCCAGGGGGAGCCGUGGACGCCAUCAUGCUGGAGCUGGACAGAGGCCUCACAGAGCCCCAGAUACAGGUUGUUUGCCGCCAGAUGCUAGAAGCCCUCAACUUCCUGCACAGCAAGAGGAUCAUCCACCGAGAUCUGAAAGCUGGCAACGUGCUAAUGACCCUUGAGGGAGACAUCAGGCUGGCUGACUUCGGUGUGUCUGCCAAGAAUCUGAAGACUCUACAGAAACGAGAUUCCUUCAUCGGCACUCCUUACUGGAUGGCCCCCGAGGUGGUCAUGUGUGAGACCAUGAAGGACACACCGUACGACUACAAAGCCGACAUCUGGUCCCUGGGCAUCACGCUGAUUGAGAUGGCCCAGAUCGAGCCGCCACACCACGAGCUCAACCCCAUGCGGGUCCUGCUAAAGAUCGCCAAGUCGGACCCUCCCACGCUGCUCACGCCCUCUAAGUGGUCUGUAGAGUUCCGUGACUUCCUGAAGAUAGCGCUGGAUAAGAACCCAGAAACGCGGCCCAGCGCGGCGCAGCUGCUGGAGCAUCCCUUUGUCAGCAGCAUCACCAGUAACAAGGCUCUGCGGGAGCUGGUGGCCGAGGCCAAGGCCGAGGUGAUGGAAGAGAUUGAAGACGGCCGGGAUGAGGGGGAAGAGGAGGACCCCGUGGAUGCCACCUCCACUCUGGAGAACCAUACUCAGAACUCCUCUGAGGUGAGUCCGCCAAGCCUCAAUGCUGACAAGCCUCUCACGGAGCCAUCUUCCACCCCGCUGGCACCCAGCCAGUCUCAGGACAGUGUGAAUGAGCCCUGCAGCCAGCCCGCUGGGGACGAAUCCCCCCAAACCACCAGCGCCCCAGUCGUGGCCCCUGGAAAUGAGAACGGCCUAGCAGUGCCUGUGCCCCUGCGGAAGUCCCGACCUGUGUCAAUGGAUGCCAGAAUUCAGGUAGCCCAGGAGAAGCAGGUUGCUGAGCAGGGUGGGGACCUCAGCCCAGCAGCCAACAGAUCUCAAAAGACCAGCCAGAGCCGGCCCAACAGCAGCGCCCUGGAGACCUUGGGUGGGGAGAAGCUGGCCAAUGGCAGCCUGGAGCCCCCUGCCCAGGCAGCUCCAGGCCCUUCCAAGAGGGACUCGGACUGCAGCAGCCUCUGCACCUCUGAGAGCAUGGACUACGGCACCAAUCUCUCCGCCGACCUGUCGCUGAACAAAGAGAUGGGCUCUCUGUCCAUCAAGGACCCGAAGCUGCACAAAAAAACCCUCAAGCGGACACGCAAAUUUGUGGUGGAUGGUGUGGAGGUGAGCAUCACCACCUCCAAGAUCAUCAGCGAAGAUGAGAAGAAGGAUGAGGAGAUGAGAUUUCUCAGGCGCCAGGAACUCCGAGAGCUUCGGCUGCUCCAGAAGGAAGAGCAUCGGAACCAGACCCAGCUGAGUAACAAGCACGAGCUGCAGCUGGAGCAAAUGCACAAACGUUUUGAACAGGAAAUCAACGCCAAGAAGAAGUUCUUUGACGUGGAAUUAGAGAACCUGGAGCGUCAGCAGAAGCAGCAAGUGGAGAAGAUGGAGCAAGACCAUGCCGUACGCCGCCGGGAAGAGGCCAAGCGGAUCCGCCUGGAGCAGGAUCGGGACUACGCCAGGUUCCAAGAGCAGCUCAAACUGAUGAAGAAAGAGGUGAAGAACGAGGUGGAGAAGCUCCCCCGACAGCAGCGGAAGGAGAGCAUGAAGCAAAAGAUGGAGGAGCAUACGCAGAAAAAGCAGCUUCUUGACCGGGACUUUGUAGCCAAGCAGAAGGAGGACCUGGAGCUGGCCAUGAAGAGGCUCACCACCGACAACAGGCGGGAGAUCUGUGGCAAGGAGCGCGAGUGCCUCAUGAAGAAGCAGGAGCUGCUUCGAGACCGGGAAGCGGCCCUGUGGGAGAUGGAGGAGCACCAGCUGCAGGAGAGGCACCAGCUGGUGAAGCAGCAGCUCAAAGACCAGUACUUCCUCCAGCGGCAUGAGCUGCUGCGCAAGCAUGAGAAGGAGCGGGAGCAGAUGCAGCGCUACAACCAGCGCAUGAUAGAGCAGCUGAAGGUGCGGCAGCAGCAGGAAAAGGCGCGGCUGCCCAAGAUCCAGAGGAGUGAGGGCAAGACGCGCAUGGCCAUGUACAAGAAGAGCCUCCACAUCAACGGCGGGGGCAGCGCAGCCGAGCAGCGCGAGAAGAUCAAGCAGUUCUCCCAGCAGGAGGAGAAGAGGCAGAAGUCGGAGCGGCUGCAGCAACAGCAGAAACACGAGAACCAGAUGCGGGACAUGCUGGCGCAGUGCGAGAGCAAUAUGAGCGAGCUGCAGCAGCUGCAGAAUGAAAAGUGCCACCUCCUGGUAGAGCACGAGACCCAGAAGCUGAAGGCGCUGGAUGAGAGCCAUAAUCAGAACCUGAAGGAAUGGCGGGACAAGCUUCGGCCGCGCAAGAAGGCUCUGGAAGAGGAUCUGAACCAGAAGAAGCGGGAGCAGGAGAUGUUCUUCAAGCUGAGCGAGGAGGCGGAGUGCCCAAACCCCACCACCCCAAGCAAGGCCGCCAAGUUCUUCCCCUACAAUUCUGCGGAUGCUUCUUAACAACCGCCCGGGGCUGUGGCUGGAAGCUUGGUGGGCCCCAGGGCCUUCUCCUUCAUUCUCUGUGAACAUGUAACUCAGGACUCCUUUUCCCUCUUGCAUCUGUGCCAGCUCAAAUCCAGCCCCUCGCCCUGUGCCAUCCCAGCUGUGCCCGAUAGACCCGCCCCAGUGUUCCUGACUUCUCGCUGGCCUGUGGAGGGUGAGGUGUAAUGAUGACCCUAAUGUAUGUUCUCCUUGAGCCCCAGAUCCCUUCAAGCUGGAAGGGAUGGGGCUGCUGGUGGGGUCAGCGUCCAGGAGGAAUGGGUGUUCUGUGGCCUUGAGUCCUCUCCUGUUUGCCAAAAUACCAGUUUUGCUCUGUGUGGGAACAAAGCACUGCUGAUGAAGUAAGUCUCCAUGGGCUCAUCCGGGCUGGAAUUCUCUGCAGCCAUUCCCUGGAGAGUCACUGAAUCAAGUCCCUCAUAGCCAUUUCUGUUCCCAGUGGAGCCUGGCCUGCAGCUGGCUGCUCAGGAGAUGGCCUCAUUCUUCCUGUUCUCCCAGUUUGCUUUCCACUUAAGACAAGGCCAUGUCUAUGUGGGGGGCGGGGACCGGGGAGAGGGCGGCUGAAAUGUUUCUUCUGCUUCUCCAGUGUUUCAUGCCGUCUCGUGUCCCCCUUCCUGCACGUGUGUGUGAACGUACACACAUGCAUACAUGCACACAGGACUUGGUCUGCUGGCCUGGCCUCUUCUGCCCAGGUGGGUUGGAACACGUUUGCUGCCUGAGCCUGUGCCACUGAGCAUGUUAGGUGGAGCAGUUGGUGUGGCGCAUGCGGGGUGUUGGCACCGGAGGCACGGAGAAGCACAGGCUGUACUGCCAGGCUGCGAUUCAUGCUGGCCCCGCACAGGCUCCUGUGUUCAGGGACUAAUUCCUCAGCACACAAGGCUUCCACAGCCCAGUCUCUCCAUAGCACUCUUGCCCACCCUGUCUGCAGGUGAAACAGGAGGGCUGUUGCCCUCUGCUCCGUCCCCCCGACUGUGUUCAGGAGUCCCACCUUGCAUUUCAGACCUGGACUGGCAGUCUCUUGGACUUCUCUUCAGGAAGAAAAAGCGUCAGGGGGAAAUGGAAUGCCCCUGCCCCAGGAACAUGGCGGAAGCACAGGUUCUGUACCUCAGAUGGACCCCUGGGACUUCAGGUUCUCAGCUGGCUUCCCCCAGAUUCUGAUCCUACGGCUACAGAGUGUAUAUAACGAAAUAAAAGCAAAUGUUUGAACUAGUA